AUGUCUUCAGAAUCACAACAGAGCAGCCGAACUAGGCUUAUUCAGCUGAUUACAGAGGAGCUUACGCGAUCUAUGAAGAGUGAAGAAGAUGCUGGGGGAAUGAAAUUAAUAGGGUUAAAUAUUCAAUCUAUACCACCAGAAGCUAUUGAAUUAAUUAGGGGAAAUGUCGAGAGACUUAGUUUACAGAAAAAUAAUAUAUCAAUGUUACCACAAUAUUUUAAUAGAUUAUCAAAAUUGAGAUAUUUAGAUAUUCAUGAUAAUAGAUUUACAACAUUCCCAGAAAUUUUAACAACAAUGACUGAACUUGAGAUUUUGGAUAUUAGUUUUAAUAACUUAAGAAGUUUACCAAAUGAUUUAGGUCAUUUGAAAAAUCUAAAAGUGUUAUCUUUGAAAAAUAAUAAUUUUGAAGUGUUACCAACUUCUCUAUUAUCAAUAACAAAUUUAAAAAUAUUAGAAGUGGAAAAUAAUCCUUUAAAAAUCCCAUCUCAAUCAUUUAUAAAUAAUAUACCACAUAAACCACAAUCACCAGAAUGGUUAUAUGAAAUAAAAACUUUCUUACAUCAUAAUAAAGAACUAAUAGAAACAAAUAUUCCAGCUUAUGACAUAUCACAACAGUUGCAAGAUAAUGUAUCAACAACAACACCUAUCAAAGAAACUGAAAAACCACCAUUAUCAUCCCAUCUUUCAUCACAAUCACAAUCAACAACAUCAUCAGCAACAUCAUCUACAACGUCUUUACCUCAUUUAGAAAGAUCAAGAAGUACAUCCGAAAGUUACGUUAGUUCAAGAGCCGCUAAACGUAUGGGAUUUAUAGUGAAAAGACCAAAUAUUGAAUCUUCAUCUUCUGAUUUGAAAGAAUCUCAUGAGGAAAAUCCAUCAUCAUCUAAUGAUCCUUGGAGAAAUAGAUCAAUGUCCACCACAACUGCUAUACCACCAAAUUCUAAUAUAAUUGAAGAAGAAGAUGAAAUUCAAGAUUUAAAAGAUUCAAAUAGGUUACGUAAUGGUGGUACUAAUUCAAACGCUUCUCCAAUUCAUUCUGAUAAAUUAAAUUCCAUUCCAGAACAUAAAUCAAGAGAUUAUUUCAAAAGAUUAUCCACCUUACCUGAACAAAGGCCAAAUAUAUCACAAUUCAAGAUUGUUGAUAUAUCAAGAAAAAUACUUUUCGCUAUAACAGAAUUUCAAUCAACAAUAAAGAAAUUAAAUGUUUUUUGUUCUGAUAAAAAUAUUGUUAUUGAAAUGGUUUCUCAAUUAUAUCAUUCAAAAUCAAUUAUUGAUCAUUUAGUAGAAAAUCUUGAAAAAACUGAAGAAAAUAAUGAUGGUUAUGUAUCAAUUGAUGAUAUUUUACAAUCUGUUAAUCAAACUGUUUCAAUUUUUAAAAAAAUGAUUGAUUUAUUACAAGGAAAUAUUCAUUCUUAUGUUAAAAAUGCUGAUGUUUGCUUUGUUAGAAUGUUAUUACUUUCAUUAUUUUUAUCAUAUGGUGAAGUUUUCAAUGCUUACAAGAUAUUAAGACCAAGCACACAAUCAAAUCAAAGAAAUCCAAAAGAUAUUUAUUCAAAUAAUCAUAAUAAUACUACUACUAAUAAUAACACAAGAUCUGGUGUUUCACAACUUCCACCAUUAAAAGUUAAUGAUUUGUCUAAUAGCGUUGCAAUAACUCAACAACAAUUAAAUGAAUAUAAUGAAGCCGACCAAAAACUUUAUGAAUCAUUACAUACCGUGCUGGAAUCUUCAAGUCAAGUUUAUGCUGAAUUAAAUGAUGCCAUUUCUAAAGGUGCUAUUGCUAAUGCGACAAAACCUGCAGAAGAUCAACAACAAUCUCUUAAUCCAACAACAAUUCCUAAGAUUAAAGAUCUUACAAAUACUUGUGUUGUUUCAAUGGAUCUUAAUAGGAAAAUAAAAUCAAAAUUAAUUUCAAAUAGUAUUAAAAAUGGAUCAUUAUUAGAUAAAAAGAAAUUCUUUGAUGAGAUUAAUGCAUUAUUAAAAUCAAUCAUUACAAUUUUAGGCUCAACAAAGUCAAUUAUGAAUGAAAUGCCAAUUUUAAAUGGUGUCAGACCUUCAUUAGCAAGUCUUACAAAAGCAACAAAAGACGUGACAAUAAUGCUUGAAGUUAGUUCAUACAGAUUAAUUAAUGAUUCUUUUUCUUCAAUGAAUUCUUCAAUCCCUCAAUCUGCUACAACAUAUCAACCUACAAUGAUUUCAUCAAUUCCAUCAGUGGUUUCAAUCCCACAAAUCAAUACACCAUUCUUACCAAAUAUCCCAACAGUUCAUACUCCUUUACAAAGUGCUGCUGUUACACAUCCUAAUGCUAAUCCAUUUGAAGCUACUUUAGCUAAUAAUUUACAACAUGAUGAUAAUUCUCGAAAUGAAUAG